AUGGCUCUCUUUCUAUAUACAAUCAGCGCAUUGUUGCUCUUAAUACCUGCUGAUGUUCAUGAUAAAACAAAGGAAAUUUACAAUCGUAUUCCUGGCACGUUAUUAAAAUUUUUUGAUCCAAAAACAAUAGCAAGAAAAGUCGAAUGUAGUGAACAUGACUUGAUCAAUGAAAAAUCUAUUGAAAGUGAUAAUAAUGAAGAAUGGAAAAAGGAUGGUCAUGAAGUAAAGAAAGAAACAGUAUGCAGUAGUAAUGUGCUGUGUACUGAACGUGGAAUUGAAAAUGAACACAAUAAAGAUUAUAAUAAUCUUCGUGGCCAUUUGCGCAAGUCAUUAAGGCAAAUGUUUCGUAAUGACAAAACAAUCGAAAUAAGUACAGAUGAUGUUGCUCAAGCAAUUGCAACAAAAUGUUUUAAGGAAUGUCCGGAUUGGGGAAAAGAAAACAAAUAUUCGUCCGUAAUACUUCGAUUUGAUAGUUCUUAUGUAACGAAUAAUGAUUCGGUAAAAACGAAUAUUCAAGUAUAUGUCUAUGCUCAUUUAAUCUUCGAAUGCAAAAUGUCGUUCUUCAAAGGAGGGCAAUGUAAAACUAGUUACGAUUUAACAAUUGAAUUAAGUGGAAUUUCAAUAGAUCCGUUAAAAAUAUCAGAAUUUUCUCUAUUUGUUGCCAAAAAUAGUGUUUCAGAUUCAAUCAAAGCGAUCGAAACAAACGUUCCAUUAACAUGGGAGGAUUUGGAUGACACAGGUUCCAGGCAAGCAAGUACACCAAAGCCCGUAUUGACACGAAAUGAUUUGGACGAUACCGGCUCAACGCAAGCAAGUACACUAAAGUCCACAUUGACACGAGAGGAUUUGGAUGAUACCGGUUCCAGGCAAGCAAGUACACCAAAGUCCACAUUAGCAUGGGACGAUCUGUAG